GCUGCGUCCCUAACCUGGUCUUGGAAAACGCGUUUCGUUGGUAGACAAAAUACCGUGCUAUCUUACGAGGAAGAGCGACGGCAGUAAACGUCCGCAAUGGACGAGGUGGUGGAGUUGCAGAACAUGGAAAACGUGUGCAGGCUCUGCCUCUCCACCGACGAACCGAAGUCGUCGGUUUUCGGGGUACAAGACUCUCCGGUACCGUUGGCCACUAAGAUACAAGCCUGCCUGUCGAUUCAGAUUUUAGCCACCGAUAGAUUAUCAACAGACAUAUGUGAAAGGUGUGUUAAAAAUGUGAAUCAGUGGCAUAAUUAUAAAGAAGCUUGUCUUCGUACACAAGAUAAAUUGCAUCAAUGGUUGGAAAAGCAUUUGCAGUCGAUUCCUAUGGUUAUAACUAUCAAGGAUGAACCUGUGGAUCUUGAUUUUUACGAAGAUAACGUUGAAGUUAUUUCAGAAUCCGCCACUGAUUCUGAUUUGGUAGGUACUAUAAUUUGGAGAACAAAAUCUAAGAAAUUAGGACACGUCGCAAGUAAAUUGUAUUUCUUUUUCCAGGAAUCAGCUACUCUCGAAGAAAGUAUAAAUAAUUUAUCAAACAGUGUUCAUGUUGAAGGAGUAAACGACGAAGAAACAAAUUUACCAAAAGUUCAACCAGCACCAACAAAAGAUGUAGACCCGUUAGCAAAAUCUGAGUUGCAAGUAGACUAUGACACAGAUUGUACCAUAGAAAUAGAAUCCGUUACUGGUAGCGAACUGUUGCCAAAUCCUCUUUCCAACAAGGAAGACAGGGUGAUGGAAGCCGAUUCUACGCAAAAGUCUAGCGCCUCGACAUCGGCAAGUAAGAAAAAGAUGAGACGGGGCCCGCACACUCACUUUCGAGGAACACGUGUUUUCAAGCAAAAGUGCGUGCACUGUCAAAUUAAUUUACACUCGAAAUACUCUUACACGAAGCACAUGGAAAGAUUUCAUACAGACAAGCCGAACGGCAACAACGAUACAACGUUAGACGACGAGGAAGAGCUGAUAGAAGAUUUGGAGGAUGAAUUAAUGAGCAUGGAGAAGGAUGCCCCCUUAACGCAAGUACAGCAAAGUAUUAUCAGUCAAUUGAAAACGUUCUCGUGCUAUUCCUGCCAAGAAACCUUCACCGAUCGGAGAAAUACGCUUUCUCACAUUCGUCAACACAUGCCUGAUUUGAGGCCGUACACAUGCAUCGCGUGUUUGACAGAAUUCCCUGACCGAUCAAUGUACAAGUUACAUUGUGGUGCGUCGUUCGAAUGUGCAAUGAAAAUUGCAUUGGUCGUGCCUAACCAUGGCGAGGAGAAGUACUUUACAUGCAACAUGUGUUUGCGAUCUCUGCAGAACAGAAAAGAAUUACUGAAUCACCUGUCGAAGCACUCUGACAGACAAUACGAAGAACUGAUCUCGCCAUCGCGUUCUCCCCCUAAGUUAAAACCAAUGGCACCUCUGCCGCGUCUGAAGCAAGAAGUUUUGAAGAAAUCGCUCGAAACGGGUCCGAUUAUUCCUCGACCCUAUAAAAACGGUGAUCCUGCGCAUAAUCACGUUUGCGAUUUGUGCGGAAUGAUAUAUCGAUACAGGCCUAACAUGCUGAAACACAAAGAUCUGUGUCAACGUCUGUCGCCAGACGUUAGGACGUCCUACAAAUGCGUGCAUUGCGGUAUGACGUAUCUCGUGUUCAAAAAGUUUCAUAAUCACAUCACUCUGGACCAUAAAAAGAAAGAUUUCAUUUGCUCCGAGUGCUGUGCCAAGUUCAGAUCUUCUACCGAUUUCUUGGAGCAUCACGAGUCCCAUCGCGAGGAACGGAACCAGAAGCAAAUGCUCGAGAAGGAGUCCGCGAAACCCAUGCAAAGCAUCACGACGCCGAUCAAGGAUUGGGACACGUUCGAGGCGGAAAUAAACGCGGCCAAGAUAUCCGACAGCAACCAGUACAGCUGUGCUUUGUGCAACUUGGAGUUCGCCACCAGGGCCGAGUUGACGGAGCACAGGAACCUCCAUCUGAAGGUGAAGAUUUACUCGUGCGUGAUCUGUCGCAGCAUGUUCAGCAGCGCGGGUGCUCUGGAGAGCCACAUGAAGGAUCACGGUAUAGAGGAUCCCAACGAGCAGACCGCGAACAGCUCCUGCGUGGAGUACGGAACAAUGGAGGAGGACUCGCGGGACUCCAAGUCGAUGAACGCCAGCGCAACCUCGGAUCCUGGCUCGAACAAGAACGAAUGCAACCUGUGCGGCAAGAUGUUCUCGAACUACGCGAACCUCAAGAGACACAUACGGAACAUUCACAAAUCGGGCAAGUCUCACAUCGGUUGUCCCGAUUGCUCGCGAAUGUUCAACAGCAAGGAGAUCCUCGAACGGCACAUAUUAACCGAGCACAAGUCGGCAAAGAACAUGUGUCCCCAGUGCCCAAAGAGUUUUGUGUUCAAAGGGAAUUUGAACCUUCAUUUCCAGAACGCCCACGGCGAGAGGACUCAAACGAAAGGUGGCCACAAAUGCGACCUCUGCGGAAAGAGUUUCGUGGAAGAAGCCUCUCUCAAGAUACACAGAUCAUGGCACAGUCGAGCAAACUCUCGCUUAAGUUUACGAUUCACGCCGAACGACGACAAGAAAUCAAUGAAACAGACGUUCUUGACCAAACAGGAGCAGGACGUAAAUUCCACCCCCGACAGACCGGCCAGAGCACGGAAAUCUUUCCCAAAUCCGCCGCCCGCGAAACCCCAGGGCAACUUCCAAUGUCAGGUAUGCAACGAUAAAUUCAACGACGUGACCGAAUUGAGGAAACACUUGUGGGACGUGCACUGCGCCCGCACCAAGGCCGAGAAGUCCUUCACGGGAGACGAGCUUCAAUGCGAGCUCUGCACGAACGUUUACCCGGACAGGGAGACGCUGAACAUGCACAUGCAGUGGCACGAAGCCUAUCCGAUUCUCAGCGACAUCAGGAAACCGACUUUCCCCUGCGAGAUCUGCGGAAAGUUGUACAGCUCCAAGAAGGUACUGUGGAGACACAAAAAGCUCCACAAAGCGACCAGCAUCGCCGCCGUCAAGUUGCAUGCGAUGGGCAAGAAAUCGCCAUCGAUCAGCCAGCAACACUUGUGCAACGUCUGCCACAAAGUAUUCAGCAGCAAUCAAUCCCUGCAGCGUCACAAGUUCAACUUGCACGGCGACAUGUUGAACUCGUCGCUGUACAACAACACGCGAAGAUUGUCGCAGGAGGAGUCGAAACCGAAGAAGGUGAAACUGGAGGACGAGGCCCUGCAAAAACCGUUGACCGCCAUGGAGGCUGUGAACACUGGCAAGAAGUCGGUGAUGUGCCACGUCUGUAGAAAGUUCUUCCCGAACAUGAGCGUCCUGUACAAGCACAAGCAGCUGAUGCACAACAAGUCGCGCGUCGUCAAGAACAUCGUCAAAGCGAAUAUAAUGACGACAACGGAGUGCGUACCGUUGGCCGGGACCAACGGCAAGGUCUGCUGCAACGUCUGCUACAAGGAGUUCCCGGGUCUGUCGAAUUUACGACAGCAUUUCACCGUCAAGCACAAGAACACUCCGCCGCAGCACGCUUGCCCGGUCGACGGUUGCAAGCUGAUGUUCCCCACGCUCCUGAGCUUGAAGAACCACGAGCUCUCCCACACCAGCAUGAUCUUCAGCUGCAACCUAUGCGGCAAACAUGUGUUCACCAGAACGGCGAUGACGAAUCAUAUGCUGACGGUGCACAACACCGUCUACGACGCUGAUCAGAACAAGAACUUUCACAAAGAGACGGACCUGACCAGCUACACCGUGAAGGGCGCCAUAGACGCGACCUGUCCUUAUUGCAAGAUCAAAUAUCCCAAUAACAGGGCCAUGAAGAUCCACUACUUCAAGUUUCACGACGGUACCGAUCAAGCGUAGGCCAGCUCGACUUUCCAUGCACAGGAAUAGUCGAAGGAUCAUUUUGAAGCUGAACGAGCAUACUAGGUACUCGCGUCGAGCCGAAUCCGGAAUACCGGUCCUGGAAUCAGCGAGACCUUCCGAAUCAGACGGACGUUGUACUCUUUUCUACCACCGGGUCAUGAGGUCGCGUUCACCUGUGCGACGAUGGACGACUCUAGCACGGGACCGAGACGCCAUCAUGUUCCCUAACGUUGUUUGAUUUCAGUGGUACGUUUUAAUACUUCUGCCAGUCCUACUUCUCUACCUGCCGUGGCAGCCAAGCUGUGUCAUAGUUGGCACAGACGACAGUGGCCCGAUCAACGAAAAAUCUGUACAUAAUCCAUAAUUAUUGUAGAGGAAUCGACGGGAAUGAGGGAUAGAGAGAGAGAUAGAGAGAGAGAAAGAAAGAAAGAGAGAAAGAGAUAGUAUAUAUUUCUUCGUUCGAUGUUUUUACGAGAGUUAUUACGGUUUUUAAGGACACUUAACUUUGUUCGUCGCUCACCCGAUGAUUAUAUCAGUGCUUUUCCGACGGACGUCGAUGACUCGAAAGAUAUAGUUUAUUAGAACGGGCUACCUAGAUUUCUACUUCUGGCCUCUGAUCACUUUUGAUCGACAUUUUCGUAAAUAUGGAUUUUAAUUGCUGAUUACGAUGUUAGAGAAAAUCUUGGUUACCCGUUCAGAACGUAUCUCAUUUGCUGCACUAUGUCGAAUGAACGAUAAUCUUGCGAGAUCACUACUACGAACGAUAGCCACACGGUCAUUCUUCUUCUUUUCCUUCUUCUUGUUAAGCAGCGGUGAAUCGUAAUGGUUGUAAACGGAAAAUCCGCGUGACUUUGUAUAGAGAAAGCGAGGAAUUAGUAUGGCAGUGACAUUGUGACAACCGAUGGAUCGACAUCAUCGACGCUGAGGUUGCACUUCAAUUAACUCGAGCGCUGUUACUGGACACUGGGAUUAGAACACUUUUGUCGUGGAUUUUAUUAUUAAACGCAUACUUGUAUAUGCAAUGUAUAAGCUGUAGCGUUUUGCAUAUAGUGAACAAAUAAAGGGAGGACUAAUAUGUGUAGAUCUUCGAUUUUUCAUGCAUCAUUUGACAUUAUUUUGUGGUCGGAGUAGGAGUGCUGUUUGUGACCUUUCGAAUUACGAUCACAUCCACAUGCUUUCUUCUCACGCUGCUCGAAACAAUUAGGGGAUCGGACCUGAUCAAUUUAUGAGAAUUAACCUGCGGUGGGACGUGCUGCAUCCGUCAACAGAGUCGUAGAUUAAGUCUUGUUGUCGCAAGUUCCUGUUUAAACCUUUACAUAUAUAAAGUAGUCCUAUUUAGAGAUAAGAGCAUCGACGCGGUUUUGAGAAAAUGGUAAAGGGGCGAGCCUUUAGGUUUCUCUAACCUAAAACACAAAGGUAUCUGAUCUUCGCAUGAUUAAUAUCGACUACGGGAUCCUUUUACUCUAUCAUACGAUUUUUACAUUAUUAUGAUCUGGACGAUAGCCAUUUGACGAAUAUUGGCCACGGGAAGACAGAAUUCGUUAAUUCAUUCUUAGGGAGUUGUCUUGCAAACGAACGAAUUCGAGUUCAGUUCCCUGUUUAGGAAUUGUUUCUUUCUCUUCCUAUAGUAAAGUAGAGUGACAACGAUUUGGAGGUCUUCCAAGACGAUUCUUUUUUCGGUCCAACAAUAAGUACCCUCGCUGACG